AAAGGAAAGGGGCGGGGCCAGAAGGAAGAGGCCAUGCCGUUGGUCGCUCUGAGGUGACUGACGAGUCGUUCUCUUCCGAGUGCGCAUGUGCGCGUCGACCUGCGGUUCCCGGAGUCCAGUGAAGGGGGAAGCGAAGCUCGAAAGUUGACCGGGCGGCGCAGGUCAGCCGCGGGGGAAGAUGGAGGCGAAGGAGGCUGCGAAGUGGCGGCCUUGGGUUCUGUGCCUACCAGCUUUUCUCUUACUGUGCAGCUGCUCGGCAACGGCGGAGGACCACACCGCGCUGCCAGCUUCCACCGCUGCCUCCCGUACGGUCGGGCAAGCAUGUGAUGCUUUCUCUGGGAAGACUUGUGACCAGUGUAUUCAAAAUGCUUCAUGUCUUUGGUGCAAUGAAAACUCCAUUUGUAUGGAUUACCCUGUGAGGAGUAUCAUUCCAUCAUCUACACUGUGUCCAUUGUCAGAAGCUCGUUGGGGAGUAUGUUGGAUCAACUUUCAGGCUUUGAUCAUCAGCAUAGCUGUUGUAGCAGGCCUCCUUCUGAUUGCGAUCACAGCCUGUUGCUGUUACUGCUGCUGUCGCCGCCGCCGAGGUCGUCAUCGGGAGAGACUAGCUGAAGAAGAAGAAAGAUUUAUCAGAGAUCAGGAAGAAAAAAGGAUGCAGUCCCUUCAGCGGAAACAUGAAAGAAAAGCAAAGCAUGAUGAGAUACGGAAGAAAUAUGGUCUUCUCCAGGAUUCUGACCAUCCAUACAGCAGAUAUGAGAAUGAAUGAAAAUGGACAGAGCCUUGCUUUCCUAAAGGAAUUGGAAAUUUCAAGAGAAUUAUUUGGUUCAGUUUUAGAUCACCAGAUGUGUACAUAAUUGUGUAGUGGAAUAUCAUGUUCCUUUUCUUUGUUGAAAGCAACAUGCUUAUAUACAUUUCUAAUCAUUCUUACACAGGAAACUUUUUUUCCGCUUCUCUAAAUCUGUAAUGGAAUGAGAAUCAAGGGACGUAAAUAACAAUCAUGUAAUUUUCUUCUCAUGCUGUAACAAUUAAAACAUUCAGAUUAUCUUAAUUUUCAUGUUGCUAAAUAAAAACUGUUUCUGAUAGAUCUUUGUCAGGUAACUAUGCUGGCAAGUGUUUGACAACAUAGACAGCUAUGGUACCAAGUGAUGACAAAUAAUUACAGCCUACACCUUCAUGACUGUUAAAGUAAAAGAAAAUGACAGCAUGCACUUGUCAUCUUGGCUUCAGCAACACAGUUGUGGAUGCAAGAACCAACAGAUGUCUGUCCUGCUGUCCUAAGUGAUACAUUCCUGCUCCAUCCUAGCCUCCUGAAUGAGGUCCUUUAAGGGAUGUCAACCUGUCUUCUUGCUGUUCUGUAUUUAUGUCCUUUCCUAGCACACAGUGCUUCCUGCUAAUGUCUUGCUUGGUUCUAUGAAGUCUGAGGUGAUGUAACCUGUGCUUUCCAGGAUGAGCGGAAGAAGGGUUAUAGAGCCUGUAAACAUCAGCAGGUCCAGAUUGUGGUUAUAGUGGCUUGGAUCCUGUACUCAUUGCUGUUGAAGGAAGUGGUGGGAGGGAGAAAAGCCAAAAAUCACUGACCCCUUCUAUUUGCCUAACAUUUCCAUGGGUACUAAAUGGUGGGUGUGUUGCAUUUGAUCUGCAAUAUUUCUGUUCUAAUAGGUUUGUAAUCACUAAGAGAACCUUUAAAGUAGCCCUUAGAUUCAUAAAACAAGCUUUUAAAAUGUUUGAAAAUGGUAAAUCGCUUCAGGCUUAUUUUGACAUGACCCCAGAUUUCCAAGUGCAUUGCAAAAAAAAAAAAAUGUUUGCAUUUGUCUGCAGCUGAGAUUUCUAUCUAUGGGGAAAAACCAACAAGAUUCUGGCUGGUAAAAAAAUCAGCUUGUUAGUUCUGUAAGCAUGCCUUGGAGGCAAGCAGCAUGUUGGCUUCCUUGAUUGUAUGAUAACUCUUAUCAAGACUAAAAACUUCCUUCUUGGAGUCAAAUGCCUGUUGCUGUUUGUUCCUUUGAACACAUUGUAACUCCAGCUAUUAAAUGUUUUUAUUAAUAAUGUAUAAGGUA